AUGUUGCCUGCUGCCACAAUCUCCUUCCUGGGGCCCCUCCUCACAGCCUGGGCCCUGCUUCCUCUCACCUGGGGCCAGACCCCCAACUACACCAGACCUGUAUUCCUGUGCGGAGGCGAUGUGACAGGGGACUCAGGUUACGUGGCAAGCGAGGGUUUCCCCAAUCUCUACCCCCCCAAUAAAGAAUGCAUCUGGACAAUCACGGUCCCCGAGGGCCAGACUGUGUCCCUGUCCUUCAGAGUCUUUGACCUGGAGCUACACCCCUCCUGCCGCUAUGAUGCCCUGGAGAUCUUUGCCGGGGCUGGGACCUCAGGCCAGCGACUUGGGCGCUUCUGUGGGACCUUCCGACCUGCCCCUGUAAUCGCCCCGGGCAACCAGGUGACCCUGAGGAUGACAGCAGAUGAGGGCACGGGAGGACGAGGCUUCCUGCUCUGGUACAGCGGGCGGGCCACCUCGGGCACUGAACACCAGGUUUGCGGGGGGCGCAUGGAGAAGGCGCAGGGAACUUUGACCACGCCCAACUGGCCCGAGUCCGAUUACCCGCCGGGUGUCAGCUGCUCCUGGCACAUUAUUGCACCCCCUGACCAGGUCAUCGCGCUGACCUUUGGGAAGUUUGACCUGGAGCCGGACACCUACUGUCGCUACGACUCGGUCAGCAUCUUCAACGGAGCCGUGAGUGAUGAUGCCAAGAGGCUGGGGAAGUUCUGCGGCGACACGACCCCGGGCCCCAUCUUCUCUGAGGGGAACGAGCUCCUGGUCCAGUUCGUCUCAGAUCUCAGCGUCACCGCCGACGGCUUCUCAGCCUUCUACAAGAUCCAACCUAGGGGUGCGGCAUCAGCAGGGCCAGCCCAGGGCCCAGGAGAGAAUGCACGACUGGGUAACCCCCUCGACCACCCAGGCCCUAAGACGGGAACUGGACCCAAAGUCAAGCCGCCCCCUAAACCCCGUGUCCAGCCUACAGAGAAGCCUGAGACCCCACUCCAGGCCAAGGCCACUGCCACUGGCCCUGGUGCCCCCUGCCCCAAACAGUGCCAGCGGACAGGCACCUUGCAGGGCAACUUCUGUACCAGCAGCCUGGUUGUGACGGGAACAGUCAAGUCCAUCGUUCGGGGCCCAGGCGAAGGUCUCACCGUCACAGUCAGUCUCAUGAACGUUUAUAAAACCGGUGGCCUGGACCUGCCCUCUCCGCCCACGGACACCUCCCUCAAGUUUUUCGUGCCCUGCAAGCAAUGCCGCCCCCUGAAGAGAGGAGCCAGCUACCUGCUGAUGGGUCAGGUAGACGAGAACAAUGGACCCGUCCUUCCUCCAGACAGCUUUGUGGUCCUUUACCGCCCCACUCAGGACCAGAUACUCACCAACCUGAGCAAGAGGAAGUGCCCCUCCUAACCCACCCAGUCCCAGGUCUGAAACUCCGGGGGCCAGCUCCAAGGACACCUGGCCCUAAGGCGUGUGGUGUUUCUGAUCUGAAUAAAUGGUUCUUAACUAGAAAAAAAA